UCUGAAUCCUAUGUGAUUGGUGAAAAACAGUUAUCAUAUGAUGUAAGAAAGAUACAGGAUAUUCUUGCUUCACUUUUAUUUUCGAAUGCCACACUUAAAUGUUAUGAAAAUGCCUUAAGAGAUCAUUCAGGAGAUAUAAAAAAUCCAGCAGCUCGAAAAAUUAAAAAGUGGAAGAAUAACUGUUCGCAGGUUCAAUUUUUGCUCGUGAUUACUGGGUGUAACUCAUUUUUAAAUGACAUGCAUUGCAAAAGAAAAGACAUAUGUGAUUGUUGGCAGGCAUUCGAAGGGAUAAGCUGGAUCGCUCUCGGCAACUGUCUGUGCUAUGAUCAAAACCUAGAUUGUUACUGUAUUCGACUGGAAACGCAGUACAAUGAAUGUGUCUGUAAGGAAAAAAUAUCAUGUUGGCAAUUACCAUGUGUUAUUGAAGAGGACUGCAAACAACUCUUACAAAAUGGAAAAGGGGCAUGCACAUGCAUAAGCGGGACAUUUGCCUGUGAACAAGCGAAUAACUUUCUUGAAUUAGGUUUCUAUUUGUUAGUGGGAUAUUCAAUUGAUAAAACCGGUGUCCCAAAAAAUGUUUGUGAGAAAGUUGGAUUUAUUUUGAAAAACACUGAUAUCGUACACGAUACUAGAAAUCGUCUACAGAUAGUGCUACAAUAUUUUUUCCCAUCAAUUAUAUUCAUACCACAUUAUGUCACUUUGGAUAAAUUAUUUAAUUUUGAAAUAGUUCGAAAUCAAUCGAGAGAUCGUGUGAUGUGCUAUGAACUGAUUCUUUCAACAAUAAAGCACACCAAAAAAUACGAUUUGCUAAACUGUCUUUGUGACCAGGCAGUAAGUGUCAUAUGCAGCAACAUGUACUCUGGUUUCAGUUGCAUUUGA